AUGGAACCGGUCCCCAAAUUAGUGUAUGAUCCUCUUCCUGCGAGGGCUAAUUCGUACCCUAAUAUUGUCCAACAAAAGGUUCCAGACCUUUCUAAUUCCAAUAUUACAAGAUCAAAUACAAAUGGAACACUUUAUAGAAAUCCGUUGGUUACUGAACAAAUAUUGAAUAACGGGAACAAGAUAAAUCUACUUGGAAAUGAUAUACAAUCCCCAACGUAUAGCCUAGAUGAAAUUAUGGAUAUUUAUUUGCAUUUACCUAAAUCGAAGGAAGGUGAAAGUGAUGAUAUUGCAAUAAUAGACAAAGAAGAUAAUGAGAUAGAUUUUUCUGAAAAAACUAGUUCGGAAAUACAAUCGCCAGUACCAAUAAUUUCGUUUUCUCCAUUAGAUAGAGAGUCGAGCCUUCGAAAUAUUAGAAGAGAGAUGGCUAUUGAGGAGCUAAUUUCAAGUGAGACGACAUAUGUGAAUUCUCUUCGAUUGUUAUUAAACUUUUACAUUUUUCCAUUGAUAUCUGUAAAAGAAUGCAGUCAAACACUUAAUCUCAUAAUGGGUUAUAUUGAGAUGUUAUAUAAGAGUCAUAGACAUUUACUUGGCAUAAUGAGGACAAUGGGAUCUGAAGCAACACCAAGAUCGAGCCAGCUGGCUACUUGUGUAGUUCUUUCAAAUGUUGUAUUGGAAUAUGGAAUGUCUACACAUUCAUAUGUUGAAUAUAUAAUACUAUAUGAAGAUAUACUAAAGCUAAUGAAUGAUCCAAUAUUAUCAGAAGCCCAAAGGCAAAUAAUAAGAGGAUCAGAGAGUUAUCUUGAAGCUACGCAGCCUAUUACAACUCGAAUGGAUUUGUCAUUUCUCUCGUUGUUACAAAGACCAGUCUCCCGCUUAUCCAAGUAUAGACUCAUGUUGGAAUCAUUGUUGAAAUAUACUUCUAUGAUUGAUUCAAAUUAUCACAAUAUUUCAAAAAUGUCCACCUUAAUACGUGAACGUCUUGAAGAUAUCAAUAGGAUGUCAAACGAGCGCAGAAUGAAGGAUACAGUUGACUCAUUAAACAGAAUAAUAAAUAGCAAAAUCCCUAUUCAAUUUUUUGGAAAAUGUCUACUAGCUGGCUCUCUACUCUGUGUAUGGGUUGAAUCUGAAAGUAUUCGUGCAGAAACUUGUGGUGCUUUCUGUUUCAAAUCCCACAUAAUUCUUGCAGCAUUGGCGAAAAAUAAACUACAUGGUAAAGUGCACUUCAUUAUUCCACUUGUUGCAUGCCAAAUUAUAAUUCAAUAUAUCGAGAUGAUCGAUUUUGGGGGACUAACAACUGAAUAUCCAUACUCCUUAAAAUUGCUAUUCGAAAGUAAUUAUGGGAAAUAUGAGAUCAUGCUCAUUUCAAUAUCGGAUCAAGAAAAUAAAGUAUGGGAAGAAUAUCUCGAGACAUAUAUUUCACUUAAUGGCCCUAGUAAAAUGAAUUAUAGGUUCUCAAGAGAUUGCAAUAUUAGUCCAAUAGUAAUGCAAAUACCUGACCUGAUUCGCCCCUAUGACGUGAACAUUUCCAAAGUAUCUUCCCAAAGGCUAGUUCAAUGUUAUUUCUCCGAGUUGAUGCGCAUAGGAGUAAUUCGAUUUGGUGAUAAUCACUUCAUUGAAUCCAAUAAUGUUGAGCUAAAGGCUAAUCAUCGACUACAAAAUGAAGCUAUAUUAUCAAAAGUGUGGUCAAUAGAAGUUCCCAAGAUGAGGGAUUCGCCAAGUAAAGCUUUUAAGGAGAAAAGUAAAACUUCAACUUGGUCUAUCUGGAGCACUAAGGACACAUACUCCAAAAUCGAUAUUGAUUCAACAGAGAAAAAGGAUAAUUCUUACGAUGAUAGUAGUAUACAACAUGGUCCAAUCCAGGAGUUUGAACCAAAAAGAAACAUUCGUACCAGGUCAUUUACAUUCUUAAAUUUGUUCCAUAAAUAA